AUGACAAGCGUGAGAUCGCUUGGAACUAUGCCUGCUAGGCCAGGUACUGUAUAUUUGGGCAAAUACAGUUUUUCUCGAGAAACAUUGGACGAAACACGGGAGUCACAGGAGCUAGUAGACUUCAAAGAUCCUCCCAAAUCGGCGAGAUCACUCCGAUCUACCUUAAAGAAUGUUUGGGUCAAGUCUAUAGAACCUCAAAAAUCAUCCCCUCCAGUGACGCGACACCAUCGGUUCCGUAGAUGGCUCAACAAACGCGAAAGAGAUUUCACUUGUAGCUGGAGCGAAACCGAUGAGCGCACGGAACCGUCUUUCGACAGACUGCUCGAUCCAGCAGAGUUUGACAGUUUCCAAAAUGAGCACACUGGCAUUGUGACGAACGAGUCCCCAAUUCCAUGUACACGCGGUAGUGAAGAUGAUAAGAGUGGUUUGGAAAUGUUCAGCAGAAUUUACCUGGAUUCUGACUCAGGUGCUACGCUAUCGAAUGGCGAUCCUAGGCCUGCUGUCACACUGCCAUCUACCUGCAGAAAACGGUUUGAUUUGCUUCGAAGUUUCCGUUUGCGAUUACAUCGCAGCCGGGAACGCGACCAGCUCACGCUGACAGACCGGUAUCUUGGCUCAGAGGAGAAUAUUGAAAGAUGCUUGCACGAAAUGGAUUUGAUGCCAUUUGAUCUUACUGCUCCAUCGAGUGCGGACAACAUCCACAAAGAUCUGGCAAAUCCAGACAGAAUUCAGUUGCUUAGUGGCCCGCUAAGUGACAGAAGUACCAUGGUCGAAGAAAUGCAUCGACCGGCUACUUUGCGGAUCAAAAGAAAUAGAUGA